AGUGUUGGUGGAGAGAGCGGAGGCAGUGUGAGAGAGAGAGAAAGAGGAGGAAUGGUUACAUAGGCAAAACACUGAUCUCAGGCAGUGCAGGGCAGUGUGGCAGUAUUUCACACAAAAGCAAAUUGGUGAUAAAUUAUGCACAUUGAACUGCACAGUGUCAGCUGCAAGCCUCGUUCAGCAGCAGGAACCCAGGGCUGGGCGCCGACAGGGAGAGUGUGGGAGACUUGAUCCCAGGCAAGGGGUCACUGCGCCUGGGAAGACAGAACCAGUUUAGGAUUCCUCAAUAUCACGACCCACUCGCUACCCGGGAGAGAUCUAUCGGAGGGGGCUCCUUCCUCCAGGCGAAGGGGAGCUUACAAACAGCUUCUCAUCGCUCGUGCAGUGAGGAAUUUGGAAGCUACGCCAGUCUACUGGGUCUCGGGAGCUCAUCGAUGGUAUCAGAUCAGUGCAGAGAUGGCUUUGAAGAGGAAAGGAGGAUCGAGAUUUCAGGGAGGAGGUCUUCGGUCCAGUGGUGAAUGGUGAUUGGCACAAAGGCACAAUGGCCAGACAGCAGAGUGGAAGGCCCAAACGCUGCACACCCAGCCUACAAAUUGAUGAUCGAUCAACGCAGAAUGCAUCUCAGGCUGCUUCCACUCGCACAGCACUGAACGGGCACGCCAUCUCCCGGAUUAAACAUUCCAGGUUGCUGAUCUUAGCUUGUGUCCACAGGUCGGAUGUAUAAUGCUUUCACGGGUACUCGGUUGCCCUGGUGAUAUGUUUACCUCUUCCCUCUCAACUUGUGCACUGCUUUGCCUUUGAAGUGUGCAGCACCUCAAUGAAGAAGCAGACACUGCACACAGGAGGAUUGCGGAUAAGUAGAAGUUGCUCCUUAAUGUGGCUGAAUCUUUGAAGGACCAGAAAUACUCGCGUCCCCCCCCCCACCCCUUUCGGAGCACGGAAUCAGAAGCUAUUGGCUUCAUGCAAGCCAUCCCAGCGUGUAGGAGCCGCAGUGCCUUGGCUGAGCUGUCUAGUUGAUUAGUUUGCCGGGACCCUAGUGGGGCGGCGUGAGCUCCUUGACAGACCGACAUGGUGCUGCCAGCACCAGACAGGCGCCAUGUGUGCCUCUCCACCAUCGUCAUCAUGAGCAGCAUGGCCUUCAUGGAUGCCUACCUGGUGGAGCAGAACCAGGGGCCCCGGAAGAUUGGCGUCUGCAUCAUCGUCCUGGUCGGAGACGUCUGCUUCCUGAUCGUGUUGCGGUACGUAGCCGUCUGGGUUGGAGCUGAGGUGAAGACCGCCAAGCGUGGCUACGCCAUGAUCCUCUGGUUCCUGUACAUAUUUGUCCUCGAGAUUAAGCUCUAUUUUAUAUUUCAGAACUAUAAGGCAGAAAAGAAGAACACAGACACUGUUGCGCGCAAGGCAUUGACAUUACUCCUCUCCAUCUGCGUGCCUGGCCUGUACCUCAUCUUAAUCGCCCUGGACAGCAUGGACUAUGUUAGGACUUUCAGGAAGAAGGAAGACCUGCGAGGACGCCUCUUCUGGGUAGCCUUAGACUUGCUGGAUAUUUUGGACAUCCAAGCCAAUCUAUGGGAGCCCCAUAAGUCUGGCCUUCCGAUGUGGGCAGAAGGCCUCAUGUUUUUCUACUGCUAUAUCCUCUUGCUCAUUCUGCCAUGUGUUUCUCUCAGCGAGAUCAGCAUGCAAGGUGAGUAUAUAGCCCCUCAAAAGAUGAUGCUGUACCCUGUUUUAAGUCUGGUAACCAUCAACGUCGUCACAAUAUUCAUCCGGGCAAUUAACAUGGUCUUGUUUCGAGACAGCCGGGUUUCCACUAUAUUUAUUGGUAAGAACAUCAUUGCGAUCGCGACCAAGACCUGCACUUUUGUAGAGUACCAGAAGCAGGUCAAGAAUUUCCCAGAGAACGCGAUAGCCCUUGAGCUGCAGCAGAACUCCAUUCCCCACAGUCAGACAAUCCACGAAACGCAGGCCAUUCCUCAGCACCAAACGCCAACAAGGGAAAGCGUGGACACAUGACAGCAAUGUGGCAAAGCAGCACAUAUAGCAACACAGGUACUUUCCAACAGUGGCCUGGGCACAGGAGCUGGUGAGCCAACUGGAAGGACACAUUGCCUGCCCAAUUGGAUUGCGUGGAUGGGCAACCAGUGAUCAUCCUGUCUCUCGCUUCCCCCUCCUUCUUUUGGUCUCCAAUCACCAGCCUCUUACUACAUCUCAGGUACAAUGUGGAAAAACAAGAGUGUGAACGGAAUUGUGGGGAUGCUACCAUCAAGUUAUAAGCCAAGAUCUCGACGAGACCUCCAGCUCGAACCCACCAAGAGAGGCUGCGACGCAAGGCAUUUUUUUUUCCUCCCCACAGCACGUUGGUUUGUCGUUCUGAAGACGCGAGACUUCUCACAUAUCUAAUGUACAAAUUAACAUGUUUGAGUGACUGUUUUACAGACAUAUUUUGAGGUCUAACUGUAUUUUCAGAGCAGAAUAUUUAAAUUAUUUCAUAAGCCACGUUUGUCAAAUUUUAAAGGCAGAAAGAAGGUGGAAAAGGCAAAUAACGAAACGUGUUUUGUGCGUGACAGAUCACUCUUGGAUCGUCAUUUCUUUCUGUUGCGGUUGGUAAUGCUUCAUGUGGUGUCCUUCACUACCUUUGCAUUUGCAACUCAUGAUUGUAAUUAAAUCUAGACUGCUGCAAUUCUAGUGAAAAUCUCUUAGUACUUCUGGAACGUUGAUUUAGGUCAUUCUUGAUGGAAGCUGCUGUCCCAUCCUCUUGUCCCUUUACAUUUCCAAAACAUUGAAGUUAGGCUCCAGCUUACGUCAUGAGUAAACAAUGAAUUGUAAAUCUUGAAAGCAGUGGGUCACUUUUUUAAAAAAUGAUAAACAGAGGGAGUUCUCAGUCAAUGUGAAGGAAGCUGCUUUGAGCCCGACAUGACCUCUUUUUUUCUUUCAUGAAGGUCUGGCACAUCCUUGCUUAUCAAGGAUCCCGAGCACAGAAAUCUGAACUACCAAGGGCUGCUGGUCAGUGAUACCCCAUUCAUGUCCCAGUAUAGAUCCCAGACUGGAAUUGUGGCAGGCAGGGAGUUGCAAAGAUCUUUAUAUUGGGAUAAUUGGGAACAAACUCAGCAGCAAGGGCAGAAGGUGAUUCCCCAGCCACUGCUCUCCCUCCCCCCAGUACUGGGAACCUUGAUCGACCCCUUUGAAAAAAUAAAUCAGCUCACCCCACCACCAAACCUAACCCUCUCCCACAGACCAGAGCUGGAACACAGUGAAACAGUUUUGAGUUACUUGUCUGGAGAAAGAUGGAUUGACAUUGGAGGCAAUCCGCAGAAGCUUGAUCCUGGGUACGGAUGGACUGUACUCAUUGAAAUUCAGACGAAUGUGAGGCACCCUCAUUGAAACAUGGAAAAUUCUUGGGGAACUUAGACAGGGAAGAUAUGGGGAGAUUGUUUUCCCUUGUGGGAGAGUUUAGAGGAGGGUAAAAGUCCAAGGAAAAUGAGUCACCCAGUUAGGAUAGAGAGGAAGAUUUUGUUUUUCCCCUUCUGAGGCUAGCAAAUCUGAGGAAUUCUAAACUGCAAAGGGCUGUAGAAGCUGGGUCAUUAUAUUCAAGGCUGAGGUAGGCAGAAUUGUAAAAUCAGGAAGGGAAUCAAGGGUUAUGGUGAAAAGGCAGGAAAGUGGAGUUGAGGAUCAUCAGAUCAACCAUGAAAUCACUGAAUGGCAGAAUUGACUUUUGGCCUAGUUCUUCCCCUAUGAUUUUAUGGCUUGGGAAACUUCAGAAACAAUCAUUUGGAACAGAAUUAAAGAAACACAUGGAAAAAUGUGGAUUGUUUCAAAGAGUCGUCAUGGAUUUAAGAAAGGAAAAGCGUGCCUAACAAACUUGCAGGAGCUUUUAGCAGAGGCAAUAGAGUGGGCUGCUGAGGGGAAGGCUGUUGAUGAGAUGUACAGAUUUCAAUGCCACCCAACAGACUGACGGUUUUAUCUUAUUUUUCAAAAGAUCAAGACCUUUGGGUGCAUCAGAUAAUUUCAAAGUUUGCAAAUGAGACCGUACUUAGGAGAACUGCAAACUACAGGGUGGCAUGUUAGAAUUGCUGCCUCAUAGCAUGAGGGACCUGGGUUUGAUUCCAUCCUUAGGUGACUGUGUGGAGUUUGCACAUUCUCCCUGUGUCUGCAUGGGUUUUCUCCAGGUGCUUCGGUUUCCUCCCACAGUCCAAAGAUGUGCAGGUUAGGUGGAUUGGCCGUGGUAAAUUGCCCAUAGUGCCCAGGGAUGUGCAGGCUAGGUGGAUUAGCCAUGGGAAAGGCAGGGUUAGAGGGAUGGGGUACAGAGGUGAAUCUGAGAAGGAGAUAAUAAAGUGUGAAGCUGGAUGAACACAACAGGCCAAGCAGCAUCUCAGGAGUACAAAAGCUGACGUUUCGGGCCUAGACCCUUCAUCAGAGAGCUGAGAAUCUGAGAAGGAUGCUGUUUAGAGGGUCACUGUGGACUUGAUGGGCCGAACUGCCUUCUUCCACCCUUUAGGAGUUCUUUGAGGAGGACUGCAUAGAACUUCAAAAGGAUAUUGACACAUUGAUGAGUAGGUGGACAGGUGAAAGACAAAGUGCUAAGUGGUACAUUUUGGUAUAAAUAUAAUGGAUAUAAUAUAAUGAAAUGAAAGGGGUCUAUUCUGAUGGGUGUGCUGGAGUAGAGAAAACUAAAUAUACACUUGUGUAAGUCAUUAAAUGUAACAGGACAAGUAGAGAGAGAUAUUUGUAAAGAAUACAGUAUUCUAGUCUGCAUUAAGGGGGCUGUAGAGUACAGGAGCAGGGAGGUUAUGCUGAAAUGAGAGAAGACACUGGAUAGAUCUCAGCUGGAGUGUUGUGCAGAGUUCUGCAUGCCAUGCUGUGGGAUUAUGUGAAUGCAUUGGACAGAGUGCAGAAGAUAUUUACCAGAAUUGAUCCAAGGCUAGGGGUAGGUUAGAGAGGUGAGACUGUUUUUGUUGGAGAGGAGAAGACCAAGAAGAGACUUGAUAGAGUCUUCAAAGUCAGGAAGGGUCAGGACAAAGUGGAUAGGAAGAAACUGUUCACACCCAAACAGAUCUAAAACUGUUGCCUUUGGUUCUGAAGCACUUUGAAAAUUGCAGGGUUAGAAAAAGUCCCUUUCUCAUGGACCAAGCCAUUCGUGUCUGGAGUAUACUGCCAGGAAGUGUGGUGGAAGUAGUUCAAGUGAGGUAUUCAAGAGGGGUAUUGAAUAAUUGUUUCUUUUUAAACAAUGUGCAGGGGCUAGGGGGAAUAAAGGCAGAAAUUGGCACGAGGUUAAAAUGCUCCAAGAGCCAUUGCAGACAUGUUGGGCUGAACGGCUUCCUUCUGCAUCAGCCCAAUUCUGUGAUCCUAUGAUUUGACAGGGGUGAGGAGACGUCAUUGGUCAAAGAUGUGAAAUUGUGGAAAGAGUUAAAGAAUGGACUGCUGCUUUUAAUUAUCAGCCACCAGUUGUUGUGGUUUAUGAAGCAUGUUGUUAGGCUAAUGUUUGUGAAGGACGAACAUUGAAGCAGAGCAAAGCACUUACUUAAUCUUCAACCUGGGAGGCUCAUGUUUUGAAAGUCCUGUGCUGGCUUGUUUUAAUGUUCUCGGACUGUCCUUGGCAGAACAGGUAACCCUGACAGUCUGCCUGUUACUCUAACCCUGUCACUCUCUCAACUGCAAGACCCAUUUUGCGUUAUUUUGGCUGUCCAUUAUUCAUCUAAAGGGGAGAUUAGUGGAAAACGAGGCUGAUUUGCUGAAAGCAAAAUUAACCCAAUUUGUCUGACAAAUACUGCAGGCUUGAUACUGAAGUAAUCAGAGGAUAAAUAAGAUAUGUCAGACUGUGUAGCUAAAGAAUGCUAUGUGUUAUGGUUUAGAUGAUGAUCAUUAACCCAACCAAUGCUAUUAAAACUCUGCAUUUCAUUUUCGCACAUGUUGUCUGCAUAAAGAUGGGGUUGUCAGCUCGUU